AUGGACGCCUGGACCUGGUUUCUCAAGCUGUUCCUUGAGGGUUUCCUGGAGUGGGGGCAGAGGGACAAUGCAUCCAUCAUCAGCGACCGCGAUAAGGGGUUGGUGCCGGCAGCAAGGGAGGUGAUGCCAAGCCACAUCCCACAUUAUUUCCGUGCCUGGCAUCUGGAGCAAAACCUUAAGCAGUUCGGCAAAGCGGCAACGGCGUUCUUCUGGCACCUAGUGAAGUGUUGCUGUGAAACCAAAUGGGUUGCGCUUGUCGGGGCCGCAUCCCAACCCGUCAGGAGUGGGUUCCCGGAGGGCAACACGUCCGCGUACGACUGGCGUGGUGGUGGUCUAGCUGGCAGAGGUGGGAUGAACGCACCGGGAAGACGUGCCCGAGCGCACAAGGGUAUUGGAGUCCCAUCAGGGAUUCCUGACGAAGGGGAUGGCGUAGGGGUUGGUUUUGGCAUUGGCCGUGGAGGGAUGGUCGAGGCUUUGCUUCAUCUAGACGUGGUCGCAGAGGGAGAGGCGGUGGCGUUGCAGGGACGGGUCUUGGCAGGGGAGGUAGAGGAGUGCCCCUUGGGGGCGAUUGUGGAGAGCAGGGGGGUGGCGGACCAGAAUUUACUGGGGUUGGUGAUGGAGGAAGGGGAGUGCCGCUCCGUAGGGCCACCGGGGAGCAGGGGGGUGUCGGUGAAGGAUGGUCCGGCAUUGGAGGUGGAGGGAGGGGAGUCCCGCUUGGUGGGGCUCCUGGAGGGAAGGGGGGUGCCGGAGCAGGAUGGUCCGGCAUUGGAGAUGGAGGGAGGGGAGUCCCGCUGGGUGGGGCUCCUGGAGGGCAGGGGGGUGCCGGAGGGGGUGUCGGAGCAGGAUGGUCCGGCAUUGGAGGUGGAGGGAGGGGAUUCCCGCUUGCUGGGGUUCCUGGAGGGCAAGGGGGUGCUGGAGCUUGAUGGUCCGGCAUUGGAGGAGGAGGGAGGGGAGUCCCGCUUGGUGGGGCUCCUGGAGGGCAAGGGGGUGCCGGAGCAGGAUGGUCCGACAUUGGAGGUGGAGGGAGGGGAGUCCCGCUGGGUGGGGCUCCUGGAGGGCAGGGGGGUGCCGGAGCAGGAUGGUCUGGCAUUGGAAGUGGAGGGAGGGGAGUCCCACUGGGUGGGGCUCCUGGAGGGCAGGGGGGUGCCGGAGGAGGUUGGUCCGGCAUUGGAGGUGGAGGCAGGGGAGUCCCACUUGGUGGGGCUCCUAGAGGGCAGGGGGGUGCCGGAGCAGGAUGGUCCAGCAUUGGGAGUAGACCUCAUUGUGGACGGCCGUCUACUACGCAUGGUUCAGGAGCGCGCGGCGGAGCAAGCACCUGCGAGCGGCCAGCAAGGAGGAACUGGUAUGGAGGAGCUGUGCUCGCAGCUCCAACUGCCAUGGGCAUUAGUGGAUGAGCUGUUGCACCGACCACUAACGCGGGAUUGA